AUAUUAAAAGAAUUUGUUGAUAAAGAUGACCCUUAUCAACAUUAUCCCUCCCCACACAUGAAUCUUUUGGUUUGUGGCUUAUGUUAGUUCAGGUCCUCUGAAAAGCAGGUGCCCAGACAUGUUGGAAAUAGACACUGGGUGCCACAAAUAAAAAUUAGCACUGAGACAAAGGAUCUUUCAGCAACGCAACUUUUGCUUCCUGGACUGCAGGAAGGGUAUUCCCACUAGCCAUCAUGCCACGAGAAUACAAUGAACAAAGGAAAACACACAAGUUUAUCCCUUACGCAUUUGAGGUUGUCUUUACUGCUGUGUCUGAUCUCCAUUGGCUGGAGCCAGACCUCACAAUUUAAACCAAAACUUGAUUGGCUAACAACUUAGAACUUUUCUAAACAUGUAAAAGCAAUGGUGAGCUGGGGCAUGCCUGUGAGCACGUCUAGCACAGAUAUCUUGGUCAAAGUACAAGGAAAUGGAAUGUACUAUGUGCCUGUAAGCAUGGCAGGUCCAACAGCUACAUGGGAUAGGGCUUAACAAAGAGUUGUUAGCACACUUACUAUUUAUUUUUUAACAAGAAAGGAAACUUUAAAAAAAUAAACUUUUCUACUUCCCACAGACAUAAUGAGAUUUGCAUGACACUUAUUGGGGACCAUGCCUGUGGGGAACCAAAGAAGGCAGUGAUGGCCUUCAGACCAUGCUGCAAGGCUGACCCCUGUAAAAGAGAGGGGAGACAGGAUUGGGCUGGAGGCAUCUCAGAUUGCAGCAGAGUGAUGCUUUCUUAAGACAGGCUUGCUGAACGUGUGCAUUCACAUUGACAGGGGCCCACGGGAAUAGCAGCAGGCACUCAACGGAUCACAUGGAUUCCACCUGUAUUGCUCCCUGUCCCUACUGUGAAAAGGUAACUCUAUCUCCUCCUCCUGGUUCCUGGACAAAGGGAGUUCAAAGUGCUCUGGCAUCAGACGGUUGGUAGCUCAAUGGGACCUUAGGGCAUAAGACGUAGUUUGUACCUCAUAUUGGGACCCUAUGUCCCCUGGCAAGAGCCUCCCUCUUUGGGACCAGGAUUUCCAGUGCCGCUAUUCUCCUUAAAUCCUGCAGCAGGUCAUUGGAAAUGAUGGAAAGAAGGGCCACUCCUGAUUUCACCCACUGGACCCCAGACACGGUCCCAAACCUACUGGUGACACACAUCCUUGAGGAUAGCACUCCAUCCUGGCCUUUCAGCCGGGUCUUGGUAGUUCAAGCCUUCCAUGAGGCUGGCUGCCUAUGGAUGGUGCGCGGUGUGGACCGAUGCUGGUUCCACAACCAGGGGUUCACUCUUUCAUCUCCUUCACUGGGAAGUAGGUCACCUGAUUGGAUUGGGACCUUGCCUAGGGACCAGGCUUUCUGUAAGCCCCAGAUAGUCAUGGCGUCUGAGUUCCUGCAGGCAGGAAAGGCAAACUCUCGCUUAGAAGAGGUAUCUGUCACUAUGAGGAGUGACACAGAAAGCGCACAGCAAUUUGAACAGGGAAAGUUAAAUGUGCAGAGUGAUUAUCACAGCAGACUGGAGUAGUGAAGGACUGGCUAGUAGGAAGUAAAAAGAACUUGAGCAUGAGAACAGCAGAUACCAGGAGUAGCCUGUCCUACUAGGGUUAAGACUGAGCACUCAAAGAAGAGCCCUGUCUGGGCGUGGUGCCUCACGCCUGUAAUCCCAGCAAGUUGGGAGGCUGAGGCAGGCAGAUCACCUGAGGUCAGGAGUUGGAAGACCAGCCUGGCCAACAUGGUAAAACCCCGUUUCUACUAAAAUUAGCCACUGGGCGUGUGGCGGGUGCCUGUAAUCCCAGCUACUCAGGAGGCUGAGGCAGGAGAAUCGCUUGAACCUGGGAGGCGGAGGUUGUGGUGAGCCGAGAUGGUGCCACUGCACUCCAGCCUGAGUGACAGAGCAAGACUCAGUCUCAGAAAACCAACCAACCAACCACAGAGCUCAAAGAAGAGCCCUGACUGGGCGUGGUGGCUUGCACCUGUCAUCCCAGCACUUUGGGAAGCUGAGGUGGAUGGAUCACCUGAGGUCAAGAGUUUAAGAUCAGCUUGGCCAACAUGGUGAAACCCAUCUCUACUAAGAAUACAAAAAUUAUCCAGACCGGUGGCAGGCAUCUUGAAGAUGAGGCAGGAGAAUUGCUUGAACCUGAGAGGCAGAGUUGCAGUGAGCCAAGACUGCGCCACUACACUUCAGCCUGGGCGACAAAGCAAGACCCUGUCUCAAAAAAAAAAAAAAAAGAAGAAGAGUCCCCUCAGUACCCCUGGGGCUGACACUGUGGAGGGCAGAGAAGUCACGGGGGUGCUCUGCUCGUAGAACUUACUAGAAAUCUGCCUCCUGUGCAGUUUUCCCCAGGUCCCUAGAGGGCAGAGGACUUCCCUUUGGGAUCCUGGGGAAAACUGCACAGAGUGGUGUCCCACUAGAGGCUUCUUGAUGCAAAACUCUGUGAGGGCAGUGCUGGGAAGCUGGGAAGACCCUCCUGCCCGCUGCGUCAGUCAGGAAGCAAAACUCUUCCUCCUGCAGUAUUUCUCCAUCACCCUUUCCUGACAAAGCUUCAGAACCCGCUGGCCCAGGGAAAAAACUUAAGAGGGCCCAGAUCCAUUUUCACAGAACAGACGAGCAAUACAUCUGGAGCCUGCCACUUGUCGACUGGCCUCAACUUCAGGGCUCAGCAAUGGCCUGUGUUGCAGACAGGUUGGACAUUCAGAGGCAACAACAGUUCCGUUGACCUCGGAUAACAGGGAGUCCAUGCUAAUAGGCUGUCUGCAGCCUCCCUCCAUCCCUGUGCCUGUCACAGCAGCUCUGGGCUGGCUGGUGAUGAAGGCCAGCUAUCAACCCGCCGAGUCUUCUUGGCUGCUUGCUUGUUCUAUGCCUCUUCUAUGAGAAUUGCAUUCUGGGAGCAUUAAGGUGGGAGGUGGAAAUGAUAUUCCCCUGGAGUGCCCACUCCCCUGGGUUCAUCCACAGGCUUCUACCCCAGACCUUGUUUCCUGGCCACUGUAUAUAUUCUCACCUCAGCCAUUUUUUGUUCCAUUGUAGAUACUAGUUGCACCCUCACACACUGCCCAUUGGAAAGAUUUUCCAGUCCGGCGCUGUGGCUCAUGCCUGUAAUCCCAGCACUUUGGGAGGUCGAGGCAGGCUGAUCAUCUAAAGUCAGGAGCUAGAGACCAGCCUGCCCAACAUGGUGAAACCCCGUCUCUACUAAUAAAAAUUAGCUGGGUGUGGUGGUAUGUGCCUGUGAUCCCAGCUACUCAGGAGGCUGAGAUAGGAGAAUCACUUGAACUCGAGAGCGGAGGCUGCAGCGAGUUGAGAUCAUGCCACUGCACUCCAGGCUGGGUGACUCCAUUGCAAAAGCAAAAACAAAACAGAAAAAGCAAAAAGAAAAGAAAGAUUUUCCAGCUCCAUCAUCAUAGGGCCACUCCUCAAUAGGGCUAUCACGAAGUUCUGACAACUGUGGAGAGAGAGAAGGAAAAGGGAUUGGGUAGGAAAAACCACAGACCGCAGUAUAGUCCAAGAAAGGGAGGACCAGGCAGAUGGGAAGUCCUCAAGCAAAAGUCACCCGUGGGAGCCGCCCUUGUCUCAAGGGAAUAGCUUGGUGUGGACAGCAAGGCUGUGUUUGUCAUGGGCCAGGAACAGCCUAAGGGGGAAGACCGUGGUGGAUGUAGAGGGGCAGCAGCUGGGACCCACAGCCAAUCACUUUUGUUUCCCAUAGCAGGUCUAAGGGGUUUCUUUGAAUGGCUGCACUUGUCUAUUCUGUAGCUGUAAAACUUCACCGUUGAUCUCAUUUAUUUCUUAACAUACCUGGGGCUUGGCUCAAAGCAGUGCCACCUUGUGGUCAGUUGUGGAACACCAGCUUGUCUGGGCCGUGCCCCCUUAGGAUUCAAGACCCGGCUGCAACUUGAGCUUUAGUUUCUUUCUUUGGUAUUUCUGCUGCACUCCUUGUUUACAAGGAUUUCAUUUCGGCAAAGGAGCUGUCUAGUGAAAUGAGAUCCACCAGCAGGAAGAUUCUAAACCAUAUUCUAGAAAGGUAUGCUGCAUCAAAACUAGGGAUUAUUGAGCCCGUGGUUUUUUUUUGUUUUUUUUUUUUUUUUUUUUGAGACGGAGUUUCGCUCUUACACAGACUGGAGUGCAAUGGCACGAUCUCGGCUCAUGGCAACCUCCGCCUUCUGGGUUCAAGCAAUUCUCCUGCCUCAGCCUCCCGAGUAGCUGGGACUACAGGCGCGCACCACCAUGCCCAGCUAAUUUUUGUAUUUUUAAGUAGAGACGGGGUUUCACCUCGUUGACCAUGAUGGUCUCGAUCUGUUGACCUCGUGAUCCAACCGUUUCGGCCUCCGAAAGUGCUGGGAUUAUAGGCGUGAGCCACCGCGCCCGGCCGAGCCCGUGUUUUAAGACAGCCAAAUCUCUAGGCUAUUUUGGAUUUUAUCUUGGACAACACCGUUUCUGAUUUGUAUGGUAACCAAGGCCCUUCUGUGGGGUAGUGCCAGCUUUCAAGCAGCUGUGACUCAGUCUAGUGAGAGGCACGCUUGCGUUCUGCCUGAUAGGAGUCAGAGUCUUAGGAUCUGCCAAGUCCUGGUGCCCUCAGCAUUCAUACUGCCUUAUCCCCUCCCCGCCCUGGGAUAGGUAGGCCCACCACCUGUUCUUGUCUGCAGCCUUCAGACUUGCUCUCCUUGAGGUUGUCAGUUCCCCAAAAGGAAAUAUCUUGAAAUCCCCUUCUUGACGCAGGCCACCCUUUGCUGAGGUUGCUAACCUUUCUGCUUGCUGCUUCCUGGCAUCCUGUUUCUCUGCUUAUUUUGCCCUUUUCUGCCAGUUUCUGCAGAGCUCUUGUUGGACUCUCUUUCCACGGAAAGAGAUUUUAGAGUGCACUGGAGUCCAGCUGCUUGGGUUCGAAUCCCAGCUUCUACCACUUACUUGCUCUUGUGAGGGUAUUGAGACAGCUGAGGAAUUUGUAUGGAGACUUACUGGUCAUUUUGUUUGACAUGAUAAUGGCAUGGCAGUUAUUAUUUUUUAAUUAAGAAAUAUCGAUGUCUAGGAUUUACUUUAAAAUAUUUCGACUUAAAAAAGUGGAGGAAGAGGGGUUGGUAAAAUGAGAUUGGCAGUAUGGUAAUAAUUGUCUAAGCUGGGUUGACAGAUAUAUUAUACAUUAUCUGUAAGCGGCUGUAUUAUACAUUAUAUGGUUAAUUCUACUAGUCUCUCAAUCUUUGGGUAAGUUUAGAAGUUCCCCAACUAAAAAGUGUAAGGGUCUAAAAUGGGUAAAAUGAAAACGGCCUCAUGAAUUACUUGGAUGGGGGUAACAUGGGAAAGAGUUAGCUGACUACAUAUAAACGUUACUGGGGAGAGACAGGAGGGAGUUUGUACUGAGCCUCCCACAGUUUAUGGGGGUUCAUGAGUGUCGCAGAGAGAGAAGAAGACUAGGUCCCAAAUAGAAUAUACGUUUGAUGGUGCAAAACGAUUGCCUUCUGACCUGGAUUCUGCUCUGCAGGCCCUGCGAAGACCCCGGUAACCCUGGUCAGCUAACCCAGCCAGCUAACGCUGGGUUAGUGUUAGUUGGCUCCAGCAUAAGCCAUUCGGGUAAACGGAAGGUUACAAGAAAUGGACAAUACCGUCAAAUUAUUCCAUAGCAUUGUUGUACCUGAGUUCAUGUGCUUCGAGUGGGGAAAUUAUAUCCAGUUGGUAAAUUUGGAAAAAAAAAAAACAACCUCAAAUCAGCAAAGUAAAGACAAUUUUCCUUGUUUCUCUUGCAUAUUUUGAACCAUUUGGCUUUCGUUUUCAUUUGUCUGGACUGAGUCACAGUUUAGUCAGAGUUUGUAGUUCUAAGUAUGACUCAACAGAGUCAGCUUUUUCAAAUGCAAAUGAUUAUCACAGACUUAAAUAGCAAAGAUUUGAAAAAAAAGAGUCAUUUCUGUAAGUGAUUCAGAGUAGAUGUAAGUCAUAAUUUCUUACCCUGUAAUUUUAUCUUCUGCGUGAAAAGCUGUCUACCAAAGGCUGUUUUGUUAGAUUUCUUUGACUUCCUGUUCUCAGAUAAACCAAAAAGAGAGGGACAGCCUAUUUCUGGUUUUGCUGAAGCCUUUUAAAAAUUCUUGAUGAUUUAAGAAAUACAAAAAUACAGAAAAGUAGAGAGGUUCAAUCUGAGUUUAUAGUAAAAGAUAAGGAGGAAGAUACGGUCAUCAGAGGAAGGUAGAUGAGCCUUGCUGGGAGAUUCAGCUGGGAGACAUUGAAUCUGGAUUUGGGAUUAAUAGGAUUGAUUAUGAAGUAGAGGUAGGCUGGUAUGGACAUUAUGGGACUUGGGGUGAGUGGAUGCUUUUAUCCAAUUCUUUCUUUUUUUAUUUUUGAGAUGAACUCUUGCUCCAUUGCCCAGGCUGGAGUGCAGUGGCGCCAUCUUUGUUCACUGCAAUCUCUGCCUCCUGGGUUCAAGUGAGUCUCCUGUCUCAGCCUCCCAAGUAGCUGGGAUUCUAUGCGUCUACCAUCACACCCAACUAGUUUUUGUAUUUUUAGUAGAGAUGAGGUUUCACCAUGUUGGCCAGGCUGGUCUCGGACUCGGGACCUCAGAUGAUCCGCCCGCCUUGGCCUCCCAAAGUGCUGGGAUUACAGGUGUGAGCCCCUGUGCCUGGCUCUUCUGCCUAGUCUUUAUCAUUUUGCCUUUGCUGUCCUAACUCAGCAGCGUCAAUUCUUCCUUACACACCCGCUGCCAUCAAGCUGCCAUUAUCCUCUUAUUUAAAAAGGAAAUUAUAUAUUUCCUUUUAAAUAAAUAAAGACAAAUAUGACAUCUUUUUAUGGUAUUUAUUUUGGAAUUGCUACUUGUAAGUGCUCUGACCACAAAUUUGCAUAAUUUGAGUGGUCUAUACUUAAUUCUAUAUUCCAAUGGGGGGAAAAUCAAAAUUGUGUCUCUCUCUUUUUCUCUCUCUGACAGAAAGAGCCUUAUUUUUUUCUUCCCUUUUCUUUUUCUUUAUUGUGGUAUAACUGAUAUAUAUGACAUAAUAUUUGCCAUUUUAAUGAUUUUAAGUGUGCAAUUCUUACUGUAAUUAUAAUUACAGAAUUGUCUGUAAUUGGUAGAAUUUCAAUUUCUCAAACAGCAAGAUAAACUCAAAUAUGCAUUACCUUAACACCAUACAAAUUUGAAUUCUGAAAAUCCAAGUAUGUUUGCAAAAAUAUCUAGAGUACAUCGAGAAAAAUAGGAAUUAAAUAUGCAAUUACUGGAAAAAUAUAUCAGCUAUCACACAUUUAAAUCCUGCCUAGAAAUGUCAAAUGGAAAUUUUCCUAUUGAUUUGUAUAUAUUUUCAGAUUAUCUGGGUUUUUUGAGCAAAUUUGUAAAAGACAUCUUUGGAUUACAACCAUUCCAUUUAAAUGUCAUUUAUUUCCACUUAAAGCCUAUGUUUUACAUUAUAUUUACAUGAAGCAUUAGCAAUUUGGUUUUAGUGUAGAUGUCCAAAUGCCCCAAAUGAUAAAAUUUUUAUUCUGAAGUAACUAUAUUUAAUUAGAAAACUCAGAAAACUACAAUGUGGAGAAUUAAACAUGAAAAUUGCAAGUUUUAUUAAAUAAUAGACUUUAAGUAUGUUUUGAAAUUUAGUGUGUUUGAAUAUUUAUGCAAAAUUUUCAGAUUUAGAAUGUGUUUAGAAAAACAAUGCAACUUGUAAAUGAUUUUUUUAUCACGGAGGGUUGGGGAAGGGAUACUUGGCUUGACUUACUUUCAGAAUGGAGAUUUUUGAUAUUAGGCAAAUUUUAAACUUACACUUUCUGUUUCUUUCCUUUUUUGAAGGUCCUAGUAUCUUAACUACCUCAUGGCUUUUUUUUUUUUUCUGUGAUAGAUUCUUGCUCUGUCACCCAGACUGGAGUGCAGUGGUGUGAUCUUGGCUUACUGCAACCUCCUCCUCCCAGGUUCAAGUGAUUCUCGUGCCUUGGCCUCCCAAGUAGCUGAGAUUACAGGCAUGUGCCACCAUGCCCAGCUAAAUUUUGUAUUUUUAGUAGAGAUGAGGGUUUUGCCAUGUUGGCUAGGCUGGUCUUGAACUCCUGGCCUCAAGUGAUCUGCCACCUUGGCCUCCCAAAGUGCUGGGAUUACCUUGUGGCUUUUGGACUAUCAUUCUUACUUUAAAGUUAAAUUUCUUUUGGGGAGCUUCUAACUCUACUGUGUAAUAGUGCUGAAAUGGUGGUGGGACAGCAUUAAUUAUUUAAAGAUAGUUUAAUUCACGUAAUUUUUAGCUUCCAACAAGUUUAUUCACAACAUUGUUUUGUCUUUCUGUCACCAAACACCAAAUGUAUUAACACAAACUAUUCACAUACCAUCUUUCACAUUUUACCAGUAAGAAAUGAAUGAUUUCAUCAAGUAUUUUUGAAUAGUUUGGAGUGUGCCUUUCCAAACAGAUAAUUAUUUUGGAGACCCUGAAAUCUCUGAACAUCAUUUUUUUUCAGGAAACUUUAAAGAGUAUGUGAUCAUAACACUUCAAACUCCUUUGGAAGGAAAAUAUUCUUUACAUGUAGACAGAAGUUAUGUCUCAUGUAAAUUAAAGAUUUACAUAAUUUGGCUAUCCAGAGCUGACUACAUGGAUCGGAUGCUUGAUUUUAAGCACAAAAUGUAAGUUUACUCUGAAGACAGAGUAACAACCUUUUAAUAAUUCCUAGUUAUUAAAAAAUUAAAGUUCUUAUAGUAAAGGGUUAAUUUUCAUAUAGUUGGCUGUUCCCAGGGAAGAGAUUUUUUUUGUGUUUGGUGUGUGUGUGUGUGUGUGUGUGUGUGUGUGCAUGCGUGCGUGUGUGGUUUUACUCCAUUUUAUUUAAUUGAGGUGAAAUUGACAUAAUAUGAAAUUAACCAAUUUAGUCAGAAGUGGUGGCUCAAGCCUGUAAUAAUCCCAGCACUUUGUGAGGCAGAGGCAAGUGAAUCGCUUGAGCUCAGGAGUUCAAGACCAGCCUGGGCAACAUGGUGAAACGCUGUCUCUACAAAAAAUACAGAAAUUGGCGGCGCAUGCCUGUAGUCCCAGCUACUCAGGAGGCUGAAACGGGAGGAUCGCUUGAACUUGGGAAGGUUUCAGUGAGCCUAGAUGGUGCCACUGUACUCCAACUGGGGCAACAGAAGACCCUGACUUAAAAAAAAAAAAUUAACCAUUUAAAAAUGAACGAUCCAGUGGCAUUUAGUACAUUCACAAUGUUGUGCAAUCAUCAUCUUUGUCUAGUUUGAAAACAUUUUCAUGUGCUUUUGCUGGGCACAGUGGCUCAUGCCUGUGAUCCCAGCACUUUGGGAGGCCAGGGUGGGAGGAUCACCUGAGCUCAGGAGUUCGAGACCAGCCUGGCCAACAUGGCAAAACCCCGUCUCUACUAAAAAUACAAAAAUUAGCCGGAUGUGGUGGUGGGUGGCUAUAAUCCUUGCCACGCUGGAGGCUGAGACAGGAGAAUCACUUGAACCUGGGAGGCAAAGGUUGCAGUGAGAUUGUUGCAGAGAGAUUGUGUCAUUGCACUCCAGCCUGGGCAACAAGAGUGAAACUCCAUCUCAAAAACAGAUGCCAAGAGAACAGCCCACGAUGGACGACUUUGAUGAUCGUGUGUCAGAUGAGAAGGUAUGCAUAGCUGCUAAGUUCAUCACUCAUGUACCCCCAGGGGAAUUUAAUGAAGUAUUUAAUGAUGUUCGGCUACUACCUAACGAUGACAAUCUCCUCAGGGGAGGGGCAGCACGUGCAUUUGCCCAGUAUAACAUGGAUCAGUUCACGCCAAUGAAGAUAGAAGGAUAUGAAGAUCAGGUCUUAAUUACAGAGCACGGUGACCUGGGUAAUAGUAGAUUUUUAGAUCCAAGAAACAAAAUUUCCUUUAAAUUUGAUCACCUACAGAAAGAAGCAAGUGACCCCCAGCCAGAAGAAGUUGAUAGAGGUGUGAAGUCUUGGAGAGAAUCCUGUGAUAGUGCUUUAAGGGCCUAUGUGAAAGACCAUUAUUCCAACAGCUUCUGUACUGUUUAUGCUAAAACUAUCAAUGAGCAACAGACUAUUAUUGCAUGUAUUGAAAGCCACCAGUUUCAGCCUAAAAACUUCUGGAAUGGUCGUUGGAGAUCAGAGUGGAAGUUAACCAUCACACCACCUACAGCCCAGGUGGUUGAAGUGCUUAAGACUCAGGUUCUCUAUUGUGAUGAUGGCAAUGUUCAAUUAGUCAGUCAUAAAGAUGUAUUGGAUUCAUUAACUGUUUUGAAUGAAGCCCAAACUGCCAAGGAGUUUAUUAAAAUCAUAGAGAAUGCAGAAAAUGAGUAUAAGACAGCAAGUAGUGAAAACCAUCAAACAAAGUAAGAUACCACAUUCAAGGCCUUGGUGCUGGCAGUUUCCAGUUACCCGCACCAAAAUCGACUGGAACAGAAUACUUGGCUACAAGAUUGGCAAAGAAAUGCAGAAUGCUUAAAGGCUGAAUGUAGAAUUCUCCAGUAUGUGGAAAGACAAGGAUUCAACGUUUGGUCAUAUGAUAAAUAAGUGAUUUAUAAACAAGAGCGAUAUUUUGCUAGGGCUUUUAAAGUUAACUGGUUUUCCAGCCUCAGGGAAUACUGUGGAACCUAUAGCAUUGCCUUGAUUCUUUUGUGUUCUCUGCCUUGUAAUUUUCUGCUAUUGCUAUAUUUACAUGUAAAUCUUUUUUUUGUUGUUAAUUCUACCACAUUUAACGUUGGAGUGAGAAAGAUCUAUCCUAGAGACAUUUUACUGUUUAAGAAAGUUUCCUAGCCAUGAAGCCCUGCUGCUGAUUUAGACAAGGUAUUAUGGUCUUUACUUUUUACCCCUGUCCUUCCAGGCACUUCUGGUACUUCAGUGGUUUUUACUGAUCACGAACACCUAACGAGGCUGUGCUGCAGUCUGAAGCUAAAUGGAAGACACAUUCAUCCUUCUCCCUCUGACUGCUUUGGUCAUCAUUUAUUGCAUCUCAUAACUGUAAUUUUCCAAAGUUUGGAUUGGGACUUUUCAGAUCCUUUUUGGAGGGCAAAGGAAGUGUCAGCUUCUCUGGGGAACUUGUUUUUAAAUCCAAAGACUUGAACCACGUUCCCUGCACAUGAACAUGUUUGCUUUUAUCCCUUCUCUCAUUGUAUCCUUCCCAUUUUAAUACCAUUGUAAUUAUAGACAUCUGUGUUUUUUUUAUUUUUAAAAAUGUUUAAAAUUCUUUUUGACAUCUGCUUUUUUUAAAGGGUUUUACCCAUUUAUUUAUUUAUUUUUAACAUCCAAGAACUGCUGACAUACUGUGGAUGUAAAGUAUAAAACCUGAAAAAUGCAGAUGUUGAAGGAAUAAUAGGUAUCUUGUGCUUUAAUACUUUAUGGCAAGACUGUACUAUAAGCAAAUGAAUUAAACGGCUAUGUAAAUCAUAAACAAAAACUAAAAAUAAACCAAAGUGAAAAGGAUAACUUCCAGGCAGUAUCUUUCUGUUGUAACCUGUUAUUUAAGGAAAUACUAGUGAUUUCCUCCAAAUAGGAUGUAAACCUUUUUUCAAAUUACUCUUCCUCUGUCCUGCCUGCCAAGAACUCAAGUGUAACUGUGAUAAAAUAACCUUUCCCAGGUAUAUUGGCAGGUAUGUGUGUAAUCUCAGAAUACACAGGUGACAUAGAUAUGAUAUCACAACUGGUAAUGGUGGAUUCAUUUACAUUGUUUACACUUCUACGACCAGGCCUUAAGGGAAGGUCAGUUUUUUAAAAAACCAAGUAGUGUCUUCCUACCUAUUCCUAGAUACAUGUCAGAAAAGAAACGUGUUUGUGCUUCAAUUUGUUUUUGCUCAGUAAUUAGUCAAGCAACAGUUUGUUUCCAAGUGACCCAUUGAGCUGUGUAUGCAUUUUUAUUUCAAAUAAAAUAUAUUUGUAUUAUUUGUCAUUCAUACCAUUCAUCC